AUGUCCCUCAUGUCCCCUUCCCAGUUUCUCAUUAUCAUAUUUAUGUUCCUUGCUGACCUCAGUUCAUCCUCACUCCUGUCCACCAAAUCUUGUCCACCAAAAUCCACUGCCCAGCAAGCUCAGUGGACAGUGUCUGUUCUGUCUCCCUUAUUCAUACUCAAUCCUGUCCACCAAAUCUUGUCCACCAAACUCCACUGCCCAGCAAGCUCAGUGGACAGUGUCUGUUCUGUCUCCUUCAUCACUCAUCUUUCCUACCUCCCUGUCCACUGCCCAGCAAGCUCAGUGGACUCUCUGUGGACAUCUUCAUUUCUGUCCACCAUGCCACCUGUCAGAAGAUCUGCAAGACAUAAUGCUCCUGGGGGACAUUCUCCUGGCAGUCACACCCAUGUCCCCUAUGAGAAACCACUCAGGCCAGAUGGACAUGUCCCCUUGUCCACCACUACACCUUUAGUGGACAUCACCAACCUUCCCUUCAUGAAACAAUACUCACUCCUGUCCACCUUACCACCAACUGCCCAGGGGACAGUCAUGAACUCUAUCAAAAGGGGACCAAGGGAUGUGGACAAGUGGGAGAUUUCAAUGUCCCCAGACCACUAUGGAAAGGAGUUUGGGUCCACUUUAGCUGUGGUGAGGUUGUCCUCUCAUCAACCAAGGGUCAAGUCCACCAAGGAAGGGGACAGGGGACAUGAGUUUUCUGACUGGCUCUUGCUGGCAGAGUGUAACUAUCAGCUUUGGGUGGACAUGAAGUAUAAGGAUGGAUUCUACAAGGAGCUUAAGAAAUGGAGGACAGUUCAACCAGCACCUCUGCCAUGGGUGUCCACUUAUGGGAAUUGUCAUGUCCCUGUCCCCCUCUUGGUUCACUGUCUCAAGUCUGUCCACUGUCCCACCAUCCAUCUCAAGUCCUAUGGUCAAAAACUCCCUCUUGUCCCUGGCUUGGUGGGGACAGACCCUGCUGAACUUGUCCACCCUCUCUCACAUCUCAACCAGUGGGACAUUGGUGUCUCAUAUGUGUCCCCUUACAUCUUCCUUUUUGCCCCACUCAUGUCCACCAAAAAGAUCAGUCUCUUUCCCAUACUUGUCCCCAGUUCAGGGACUAUGGCUCUCUUCAGUGGACAUCAACUACAAGGGGACAAAUACAAAAUGAUUCAGAGGAUGGUGAAUGUCCCCCAAGAGGAGUUGGGAGGAUACAGGAUAGAGGUGACAGUUCAGGCCUCACCUUUGGCUGAUGCAAGGAGGAUGGUGGACAAUGUCCCCUUUUUGGAGCUGAACUUUUGGAGGGACCCUGGUGGACAUGCUCAAGAAUUGGGGAUGUACAAGGUGGACAUCAAGGUCACUACUAGGAGGGGACUUGUGGCAAAUGCCAACUGGAUGUACCAGAGGGCAGUGGACAUGGGCAUCUUCAGAGGGAAUGCUCCUUCUACACCCACAAAUGUCCACCUGAGGGGAAUCACAGACCUGCUGGCCUCAUUUGGAUGGAAUGCUGGGAGAAGGAAGCCUACCAAGUCCAAUGACCCUUUUGCUUGGUGGACAGGUUUGGAGGGGACACAGUGGACAAAAGGUGGACAACAUGGAGAUGGUCCCAUUGCCAAAGAUGGUUUGAUGUUUCUGUCCACUUUAGAACAUCUCAAUAAGAAAUUCAAAGGAAAAAGUGGUGUACAGGAACUUGUGAAGAUUCUGAGGACAAAAAGCAGACUUGGAUAUGUCCCCUGUCCCAAAGGGGACAAGAGUGGAAACCACAGGUUGACUGUCCAUGGGUGGAAACCAAUGAGGUUCAGGUGGUUUGCUGAGUUGGUGGACAGGGGACAUGUGUCUAGAGAAGCAGUAGGAAUAACUGCAGAAAGGCCUCCUGUAGUCAAGAAUGUCCCCCCAAGGCCAGCCAACAGAGUCAAGUUUGGUCCUUCCAGGGUGGACAUGGGGGACAUUAGAGAUCAUGAGGACACGUUGGACAACAGCUUAUAUGUGGACCAAGUCAUGAUCAGGAUGGUGGACAUAGUCAAACCAAAAGAGAGUGGACAUGAACUCAGCUGUGAUCCACAACUUCAACCAUACAAGACACUCUCAAACCUGUCCCCUCAUGAGGUGUGUCCCCUGUCCCCUGUCCACCCAUCUGUCCCCACCAUUUAUCACACCAGGUGGACAGCCAAGGAUGGGAACUGUAUGUUCACAGCAUUUGCCAAGGCUCUCAACUUGUCCUAUAUCACUCCCUGGCUGGUGAGGACUGCUGCUGUGACCUAUAUAGAACAACAUUCUACUGAGUAUGUCCCCUUCCUUCCUGGUGGAGAAGCUGGAGUGGACAAGUAUUUGGGGGACAUGUCCAUGUUGGGGACAUGGGGGGACAAUCUCACUCUACAAGCCAUGUGCUCCUACUUUAAGGAUCUGGUUCAAGAUAGGGGACAGGGGACAGAGUCAACAUGUGAUAUGGCUUUAUCUUCACCAGAAUCACUAUGA